UGAACACAGCGGAUCCCUCUGCGGGCAUUUUCUGCUUCAACUGCGAGUUUGUCCGCCCAAAAAAGCAAAGAAAUGGACAACUCUGGGAAAGAGAAGGAGGCGAUUCAGCUAAUGGCCGACGCUGACAAAAAAGUGAAGUCCUCGGGCUCUUUUUUGGGAGGGAUGUUUGGAGGUGGAUCCCACAAAGUGGAAGAAGCGUGUGAGAUGUACUGCAGAGCAGCCAACAUGUUCAAGAUGGCCAAGAACUGGAGCGCUGCCGGAGGUGCAUUUUGCAAGGCUGCACGUCUCCACAUGCAGCUGCAGAACAAACACGACUGCGCCACCAGUUUCAUUGACGCUGGGAACGCGUACAAGAAGUCGGAUCCUAAUGAGGCAAUCAAGUGUUUAAAUGCAGCCAUCGAUAUAUACACAGACAUGGGAAGAUUCACCAUCGCAGCCAAACACCACAUCAGCAUCGCAGAGAUCUACGAGUCUGAACUGGUGGAUAUCGAAAAGGCGAUCGCACAUUAUGAACAAGCAGCAGACUACUACAAAGGGGAAGAAUCCAACAGCUCUGCCAACAAGUGUCUGCUGAAGGUGGGGGCGUACUGUGCUCAGCUGGAGCAGUACCAGAAGUCUAUUGAGAUCUUCGAGCAGGUCGGAGCCAACACGAUGGACAACCCGUUGCUGAAAUACAGCGCCAAAGAGUAUUUCUUCAAAGCCUCCCUCUGUCAUUUCAUCGUCGACGAGCUCAACGCUAAGAUCGCAGUUGAAAAAUACGAGGAGAUGUUCCCGGCUUUCUCAGACUCCCGAGAAUGCAAACUGUUGAAGAAACUUCUGGAGGCUCAUGAGGAACAGAACAGCGAAGCUUUCACAGAGGCGGUAAAGGAGUUCGACUCGAUCUCACGUCUGGACCAGUGGCACACAACCCUCCUGCUGCGCAUCAAAAAGACCAUCCAGGGCGAUGAAGGGGAUUUGAAAUGAAAGAAACCCAGGGGUAGAAAUGCAGCACGGAGGGACAAAUCCAUCACGCAUGCUUUCACACUCACACACACACACACACACACACACACACACACACACACACACACACUUCCACUCACCUCACUGUGUAUAGCAUCUGGAGAUGAGUGUCUGCCGAUGACUUUGAAUAUUUCACCGCUCACUGCUACACUGUCAGAGUACUAUCUUUGCUUUUCUUACGAGCAUAUCUGAAUCUAGUCAGAAUGUAAAUCCUCUCGCCCUCACCUCUGUCCAGAGGAUUGCUGCAUACUGCUGAAGUCUGUCCCGAGGGAUUUCAGAGCGGUAUUCAAACUGAUGUUAGUAUUGACAACAAGCACUGCAUGUUUUAUACAUUUAUUGUUUCCUAGUCAGACGCAGCUUAUUUAGUUUUUUUUUCUGAUUUAGUUUAUUAUACAUUUAAACAGAUAAUUUAAAUGUUUCAGUUUGUUCGACAUAAAAUUAUCACAGUGUGUGCAGAUUGAACUUUUCUUGUUCUGCAUUCAGACGCCUUUCAAAAGUAUUUAAAUAUUUGAAC